UGAGUCCUCUAGUGGAAAGUUAUGAAGCUGCACUAGCUCACUAACGGUUUAUCUGCAGCAUGCAUUUGCUUUGAAGUGGUGGGAUUACUGCCGAGCCAAUUCCAUCGAGCGCCGAAGUUGAAUCAUUCUUAAGAGGAUUUUCAUCACCCAAUGAAUGAAAUGAACCUCGACAUGCGGAAUUAUAGCUCGUUGGGCAGGGGCAGGAUCAGGCUAACGAGGUUAAAGAGAUUGUUGUCACUUUUGGUUGGAUAGUUUGAGAUUUGUUAGACGAGAGGAUAGAAUGGAGGAGUUGACUUUACGGGUGGCGAAGAUUGGACGCUGGAAAUUGAAGAACUACACUUUUAAGUAAAAUCAAUCGAUCAGGUAAAGUUUUGGCAAGGAGUUUCUGUGUUCCCAAAGGUUUGCUGCUCUUUAUGUGGCUAUGGCGGACGUAGACCUAGCUGAUAACACUGAUGACGUACUGCCUCUGCCCGCGCUCCCCUCCGCCCUCUUCCUGCACGACGUUGACGAGCUUUUUAGUGGGGAGGAUGAUGAACCAUCGCCACCCGCCUCUCUGAAGGAACAGCAACCGCAGCGAGGAGGCUUGCGAAUUCAGAACGUUGGAGGCUCGCUUAGCUUUCUCCUUCAGAUAGCACUUUGCGCUUGGGGGAUUCGUCAGCUGCGUAGUGUCCUAGCGCGGCGUCGACAAAAUAACGCUCUUGGUAGUGGACGUGUGAACAUUAUGCCUUAUCGACCUGUGGAGCCUCCGUUGUUUGCUUUCUUGAGCCCCACCGCUGUGAGGAAGCUCGUUGAGCUUGACCCUACUCCCUACCUUCUCAUUGACGUCCGUCACCCGGACGCAGCCCGCGUGACGCCCAAGCUCUUUGAAAAUGUAAUCAACAUUCCUGAAACCGAAGUCCUAGCUUGCCUGCAACUUUCAGCGGCUGAGUGGAAGGACAGGUUUCCCUCUACGGAAAAACCAGGACGGGAGGAUGAUUUGUUGGUGUUUCUAUCUACUCGUGGCAAGCGCGCUCAGCGCGUUGCAGCAGCUGCUGCUGACCUAGGUUACAACGGAUGUUGUAUAUUGAAGGGCGGUAUUCAGGCAUUGCGUGCAAGCUCUCCCCCUAAUGGAGAAAGCUUGAAUUUCAUGAGCAGGGAUGCGGUUGCUCUGUUGCUCCAGAACAAGGAGACUUUGGUAGAUGAAAAGGACGUGGGAGCACACACGCCGUGGUUGAUUGACCUGCGCAGACACGAUGAACGAGCUCUUUAUGGUCAUAUUAAGGGGUCUCUGCACAUUCGAGUGGAGGAGUGGCCAAAAGCUAUGGCAAAAGAUGCCGCCGCAUACGAGAAGCAAUACCAUGCGCCCAAGAUUGGCACCGACGACAUUGUGAUCCUCCACUGUAGAACAAGAAGACGUGCUUCGUGGGCUGCCCAUGUAGCUCAAGAUGCUGGUUUGAAACGCGUUUUUGUUUACAAGGAGGGCGCUUACGGAUGGCGAUUGGAUCCAACAGUACUACCUUAUGAUAGCUAUGAAAUGGGAGAUGCACCGCCAGAGCCUGUGAAGUUUGACUUGGAGAGGGUGGACUUUGAAUCAGCACAGGCGGAGCUGAAGCACUUAGGAUUAAUGAAAUCUAGGGUUUCAGGAGAAUAAUUCAACGGGAUUUUGUAUUGUAAGAUGAGCAUAGAGAGGGUCGGGGUGGGAUUUAACAUCGAGUGCACGAUGAACAGAGUUGCUGCGGUUUUGGCUCAAAUCCGUCUGCAGUAAGAAGCUAUGAUGAAAUGGAUCUUUUUUCUGUAGGGAUGGCGUAGUGUUUUCUUUGUAGCCAACAGUCAUGUUCGCUACCUUUACUACCCUUCGUGGUCUUUUAACCAUUGAAAGAAUAGCAAUUGCAUGAGUGUUCGAUUAAUACUGCAAUUACAGCUAGUCUCUCCUCCAAGGACACAGACGCUCAAACUAUCAUCAGACAGAUAAGGAAUGGCAUGAGCACCAGGCAAAUGAAUUUCCACCCAGAGAUCAAGAGCAUCGUGAUUGUGUACAUCUUGAGAGUUAUGUCGCAGUGAGCCUUCUGCAGGGAAAUCUGCAUGUCCUGAUCAUCUUGUAAGAACAGAUUCUUAAUGCCAGCCUUCAGGAGAGGGAUUCUUCUCUCAAUCACA